CUGCUUUUGAUCAACCAUUUGUGGUAUUUACACCGUAAUGUAGGUCGGAAAUUGCCGUAAAUUAUCCAACAGCUGGCCGAGAGGAAAAUUCAAUUAAAAGUGAAAACCUGCUGCACAUAAUCGCAUUUCAAUUAUCCAGCGGAUGGGCCUAAGGUGCCCACAGUGCCAGUGGAAAGUGUUUAAUCGAUAGUGAAAAGCGCCAAAGUGAAAAUCAAUUGUCACUGCCUGCUGGAUUUGUAGCGAGGCUUGUAGUCAGGCAAAGACCUUACCUACCCCAGAAGUACAAAAAUAACAAGUCGCAUCCCAAUCGGUUUCAUAAACAGUCAACCCUCCUUGGUGACUCACCGUAGUACCCAGUACCCAGCAGCACCCCUGUUCGAACUUCUUUCCUUCCGCGCGUGUCAUUGUCUUGGCUUCCAUCCCAGUGCAUUGCACUGCAAUUAACCUAUUGAGGAUAUAGGUUUCUCGACGGGACUGCAGCGGAGUGCCACAAAAUGGAUUUCUAUGCCAAUAACAAAGAGCUGCACUCGGCCACCAGUGUGCGAAAGAUGUUGGAGGACACCCAACUGGUGUGGGUGCGAGAUGCCGCUGAAGGCUACAUACAGGGCCGGAUUACAGAGAUCGGCGCCAAGGAGUUCGAGGUUACGCCCACCGAUCGGAAGUAUCCAAAGCGCACGUGUCACUAUGAUGACAUCCACUCUUCGUGCGAUGGACCCCAAGACCACGACGAUAACUGCGAACUCAUGCUGCUCAACGAGGCCACAUUUCUGGACAAUUUGAAAACACGUUACUAUAAAGACAAGAUUUACACCUAUGUGGCCAACAUACUAAUCGCCGUGAAUCCGUAUCGCGAGAUCAAGGAGCUCUAUGCACCCGAUACCAUUAAGAAGUACAAUGGCCGUUCUUUGGGCGAACUGCCCCCACAUGUCUUUGCGAUUGCGGAUAAAGCUAUACGGGAUAUGCGGGUUUACAAGUUGUCGCAAUCCAUCAUUGUUUCUGGAGAGUCGGGUGCCGGAAAGACCGAGUCCACCAAAUACCUGCUCAAAUACCUAUGCUAUUCGCACGAUAGCGCUGGUCCUAUCGAAACUAAAAUAUUGGAUGCCAACCCCGUACUGGAGGCCUUCGGCAAUGCUAAAACUACUCGAAACAACAACUCUUCCCGAUUCGGCAAGUUCAUUGAGGUCCACUAUGACGCCAAGUGCCAGGUGGUCGGUGGCUACAUUUCCCAUUAUUUGCUGGAGAAGAGCCGCAUCUGCACUCAGAGUGCAGAGGAGCGAAACUACCAUGUGUUCUACAUGCUCCUGGCCGGAGCACCCCAGCAGUUGCGGGACAAGCUGAGUCUGGGAAAACCUGAUGACUACAGGUAUCUUUCCGGCUGCACCCAGUACUUUGCCAAUGCCAAGACCGAGCAGCUGAUACCCGGCUCUCAGAAGUCCAAGAAUCACCAGCAGAAAGGUCCGCUCAAGGAUCCCAUUAUCGAUGAUUACCAGCACUUCCAGAACCUGGACAAGGCUCUGGGUCGUCUGGGACUUUCGGAUACCGAGAAACUGGGCAUAUACUCGCUGGUGGCUGCUGUACUGCAUUUGGGCAACAUUGCUUUUGAAGAGAUUCCCGACGAUGUGCGUGGCGGUUGUCAGGUGUCCGAGGCUUCCGAGCAGUCACUGACCAUCACCAGUGGUCUCCUGGGAGUAGACCAAACGGAGCUGCGCACAGCGCUGGUGUCCAGGGUAAUGCAGAGCAAAGGCGGCGGCUUCAAGGGCACGGUCAUCAUGGUUCCUCUGAAAAUUUAUGAGGCUAGCAACGCUAGAGAUGCCCUUGCCAAGGCCAUCUACAGUCGCCUCUUUGACCGCAUCGUCGGCCUGAUCAACCAGAGCAUCCCCUUCCAGGCCUCCAACUUCUACAUCGGCGUUCUCGACAUUGCCGGCUUCGAGUACUUCACAGUGAACUCGUUCGAGCAGUUCUGCAUCAACUACUGCAAUGAAAAGCUCCAAAAGUUCUUUAACGACAACAUCCUGAAGAACGAACAGGAACUGUACAAGCGUGAGGGUCUCAACGUGCCGGAAAUUACUUUCACCGACAAUCAAGACAUCAUCGAGCUGAUCGAAGCCAAGUCGAAUGGCAUUUUCACCUUGCUGGAUGAGGAAUCGAAGCUGCCGAAGCCCUCGCCCUCGCAUUUUACUGCCGAGGUCCACAAGUCCUGGGCGAAUCACUACCGUUUGGGUCUUCCACGCUCCUCGCGCUUGAAAGCUCAUCGCACCCUGCGCGAUGAAGAGGGCUUCCUGGUUCGCCACUUUGCCGGAGCCGUUUGCUAUAACACGGAGCAGUUUAUCGAAAAGAACAACGACGCCCUACACGCCUCGCUGGAGGGUCUGGUUCAGGAGUGCGACAAUCCCCUCCUACAGACCCUCUUCCCCUCGGGAAGCAGCACCUCCGUACGCGGCAAGCUCAACUUUAUUUCGGUGGGCUCCAAGUUCAAGACGCAGCUGGGUGAACUAAUGGAGAAGCUGGAACAGAACGGCACCAACUUCAUCCGUUGCAUCAAGCCCAACAGCAAGAUGAUCGAUCGCCAGUUCGAGGGCAGCCUGGCGCUGGCCCAACUAAAGUGUUCGGGCACCAUCUCGGUGCUGGAGCUCAUGGAGCACGGAUAUCCAUCCAGAGUUCUGUUCGCUGAUCUGUACAGCAUGUACAAGUCGGUGCUGCCACCAGAACUGGUUUCUCUGCCAGCCCGCACCUUCUGCGAGGCAAUGUUCCAGUCUCUCAAUCUGAGCGCCAAGGACUUUAAGUUCGGCAUCACCAAGGUCUUCUUCCGGCCAGGAAAGUUCGUCGAGUUUGACCGCAUCAUGCGUUCGGAUCCUGAGAAUAUGCUAGCCAUUGUGGCCAAGGUGAAGAAGUGGCUGAUUCGAUCUCGUUGGGUCAAGUCCGCACUGGGAGCUCUAUGCGUGAUUAAGCUACGCAAUCGUAUCAUCUACCGGAACAAGUGUGUCCUGGUGGCCCAGCGCAUUGCCCGUGGCUACCUCGCUCGUAAGCAGCAUCGCCCGCGGUACCAGGGACUCGCCAAGAUCAACAAGAUUCGGGUAAACACGGUUAAAACCAUCGAGAUAGCCAGUGGCCUGAAAAUGGGUCGCGAUGAGAUUGUAAGCGGAGUGAAUGAUAUUUACAGACAAAUAGAUGAGGCCAUCAAGAAGAUAAAGUUGAAUCCUCGCAUCACACAACGCGAAAUCGACUCCAUGUACACCGUGGUUAUGGCCAAUAUGAACAAGUUGACCGUGGAUCUGAACACCAAGCUAAAGGAGCAGCAGCAGGCCGAGGAGCAGGAGCGCCUGCGCAAAAUCCAAGAGGCCCUGGAGGCCGAAAGGGCUGCCAAGGAGGCGGAAGAGCAGCGUCUACGCGAGGAAGCCGAAAACAAACGACUCAAAGCCGAAAUGGAAACUCGCCGCAAAGCUGCGGAAGCCCAGCGCCUACGACAAGAGGAGGAAGAUCGACGUGCCGCCUUGGCUCUGCAGGAGCAGCUGGAGAAGGAGGCCAAGGACGAUGCCAAGUACCGUCAGCAACUCGAACAAGAACGCCGCGAUCACGAGCUGGCCCUGCGCUUGGCCAACGAAUCCAACGGCCAGGUGGAAGAUAGUCCUCCAGUUAUACGCAAUGGUGUCAAUGACGCGUCUCCCAUGGGUUCCAACAAGCUGAUCAGUUUUUCACAAGUUGUGUCAAACAUUGCUUCGCGGUACUUAAAUAAAUCGGAAAAUGUUCGGGCCCAGCAACAGGCAUUGGGCAAACAGAAAUACGACCUAUCCAAAUGGAAGUACUCGGAACUACGUGAUGCUAUCAACACGUCCUGUGAUAUCGAGCUACUGGAGGCAUGUCGCCAGGAGUUCCAUCGCCGUUUGAAGGUGUACCACGCCUGGAAGGCAAAGAACCGCAAACGCACCACCAUGGAUGAGAACGAGCGUGCACCACGCAGCGUCAUGGAAGCUGCUUUCAAGCAGCCUCCUAUAGUUCAGCCCAUUCAGGAGAUUGUGACAGCCCAGCAUCGCUACUUCCGCAUCCCAUUUAUGCGAGCCAAUGCCCCUGAUAAUACGAAACGAGGUUUGUGGUAUGCCCACUUUGAUGGCCAGUGGAUCGCUCGCCAGAUGGAGCUGCAUGCGGACAAGCCGCCCAUUCUUUUGGUAGCCGGCACGGACGACAUGCAGAUGUGCGAGCUGAGCCUCGAGGAGACGGGUCUGACCCGCAAGCGUGGCGCCGAAAUAUUGGAGCAUGAAUUCAACCGGGAAUGGGAACGCAAUGGAGGCAAGGCCUACAAGAACCUGGGUGCUAGGCCCAACGGACCAGCCGCCGCCGGUAUUCAGAAACAACAAUCAUAAGAACACCCAACAAUAUUACCGCCUCGAUGCAAAUGCAGUAAUCAAACGAUGCCGUUUUUGUGGUCCAUAGAUCAAAAUUAUCAAAAAAUUCCAAGGGAAAUACCAUUUUGCCAGACAACUUUUAGAGAAAGUGACCACGUCCAUAAAUUUUUUAGUGAAUAUAACUUUAUACAUUUUUUUGUGACGAGUGUUUAUCUUUUUUGGCAUUCGCAUUUCGAUUCAUCUUAUCCUAGUUUAUUCGCUCAUUUGGCGCCCGGACUGCUGUGGGGGGCCCUAUACCACUUAGCUAUAAAAAUAUAUAAACCUGUUUAAGUGAUUCUUAUGAUGUAAAAGAAAACGGCAAGUUGUAUUUAGUAUUUAACAAAGUACUAUAUAAAUUGUGUAUUUAGUUCACUGCGAUGUAUUUACAUUAUUGAAUAUAUUUUACAGUAUUUUAAAAAUAAAUAUUUGAAAUUA